AUGGCUAACUUCGAUGAUGCUGGUCUUUAUUAUCAGGUACGACUCUACUCACCUGACGCAAAUUUCUUCUUGCAAAUUCUUUUUCAUUUUUCUUUGCAGGAGAGGUUCUUCGCUAACGAUGGAGUUCCUGAUGCGGGGCGUGAAAUGAUUGCAGAAUAUCGACAAAUAUGUGAGCAAUUCAGACGGUUCAUUAGAGAAUUCUCCACAGGUGGUAUUGGAGGACUAUAUUAUCGAUGCCGAAGCAAAGCUCCGCACGCACCCAGGAAAAUUCCUUCCUGCGAAGCUGCUCGAACGGUAGCUGAUGAACUCACAGCUCCUCGACCUGAAGGGGAAGAGGAGAUGAAGGAUAUCCAGAUCUCUUUGACACUGGACGAGUAUCCCACUUCAAUUCGUAGAGUCAAGAGUGCUCAAGUCUCACAAAUUGUCAAGAUUUGUGGUAUUAUUGUUGCUGCAUCUCAGGUUCGUGCUAAAGCCACCAAAAUAACCCUGCAGUGCCGAACUUGUCGUCAUACUAUCAGUGAUCAAGCACUAAAGCCUGGUUUGGAAGGUUUUCAACUUCCAAGGACAUGUGGAGCACCUCAGUCUGGACAACUUCAACGAUGCCCUGUUGACCCUUAUCACAUAGUGCCUGAUAAGUGUCAUUGUGUUGAUUAUCAAACCUUGAAGCUGCAAGAGAACCCUGAAGACGUGCCACAUGGGGAAAUGCCGCGACAUCUGCAGCUUUACUGUGACAGAUAUCUCACCGACAAGGUUGCUCCAGGAAACCGCGUUACACUUAUAGGAGUGUUUUCGAUUAAGAAGUUAUUCCAGAAGGUCGCAAAUUUGCAAAUUCUUAAUGCCUAAUG